AUGGCAAAAAACUUGAAUCACCCAUCUUUAAUCUUCACAAUUGUUGUUCUAAUCAUCAUGCCGCUUGGUAAAUGUAGGGUUUUUCACCCUAAUGAUGAGACACUAAUUCAAUCCACAUGCAACCAAACAAUGUAUCCAAAUCUGUGUGUCCAAAUCCUCAAUUCAUACCCAAGUAGCAGAAAUGCUGAUCUCAGAGGGCUAGCACUAAACAUGGUUGAUUUCAUGAAAUCAAGAUCAAUUGUUGCAGUGAACAAGAUUCAUCGACUCCAACAAAGUGCUACUGGUAGAUUUAAGGGUGCCUUGGAUUCAUGCAUUGGCCAUUAUAACGAUGGAAUCUUAAAGGGUGAUGUGCCAGAAGCCAUUAGCGGAAUUCAGACUAAUAACCCUAAGUUUGCUGAAAAUGCUGUUGCUGAUGCAGCUAAUGAGGCUUACUUUUGUGAGCAAGGGUUCAAUGGUAAUUCACCAUUAAACAAUGAAAACAAAGCUGUGCGUGAUAGUGCAAAUAUGGCAAGAGUUAUUGUUAGAAUGUUGUAUUAG